AUGGCGAAGAGACACAAAGAAAACCAGUCUUAUUUCGGCCCCAUUGCCCUUCCAAACAAAUUGCCAGAGUUCUUCGAUGAGAAGGAAAACAAGGAUUAUGAGCAACCCAUAAAGGAGGAAAAACGCCAAGUUUUUCGUGGACAUAAAAGAGUUUUGGAGAAAGUUAAACAGAUAAGACAGAGUAGGUUUAAAAGUUUAUUUAUGGUACAUUUAAUUUCUUUGGUAAGUGGCAUAGUGCUUUAAUUGUUGUCUUCUUUGUCUUAUCAACCUCACUCAAUGCCUACUAUUUUUGGCCACCUGCAAAGGGCCUAAUUAAUACACAAUACAAAUUUUCACAAUAAAUUAGCUUUGUAAUAUAAUGAAAAUUGACUAUGGUCUAUGAUUUAGUUCUGCUAUUUGAAUUUUGAAAAAGAUGAAAGUCUGUAAAUUAUGUAUUCCCUUACCAAACUGACAUAUAUGUAAAAUGUCUGCAAGUAUCUGUCACAUAUCUGUUGCAGUACUGUAGCAUAACUGCAACAAGGUCUGCAAUAUCUGCAAAAUACCUGCAUAAAAGUUGCAGAUAUUUUGCAGAUAUGUUGAUUAUCUGUUAACAUAUCUGCAAAAUAUCUGCAUAAAAGUUGCAGAUAUUUGCAGAUAUAUGUAGAUAUGCCAAUUGUUUGUCAAUAUAGUUAUACAGUAUCUGUAACUACACAGCAAAAAAUAAUUUCUUAUUGAGAAAACAAUUCUUACUUCAAGAAAUAUUUGUUGAAAUCAGAAACUAAUUUUCUUAAUUAGAAAACGGAUUUUCAAAAUGAGAAGUACUUGAUUUGCAAGGCAUUUUUUUCUUGAAAUAAGGAAAAUUCUCUUAACAUAUCUUAAAUUACAUUUGUUUUCUUGAAAUAUGAAUGUUUUCUUACGAUUUUGUCAUCUUCAUAUCAAAUCAUUUUCUUAAAGGACAUUGGCAACCAAAAUUUUUAUUGCUUCACUGAAAAAGCAUGAAAAAAUAAGCCGGUUGGCCAUUUAAUGCUCUAUUCUAUCUCAUCUAGAUAAAUAAUGCUGAUAAUCUAGAUAAAUUGCUGAUUCAGCACAACGUGUGACAUCAUUAGUUGGGUAAGUAUGUAUAUUGGAAUUGUAACUAAAGCAUAGCUAAGUUAUUAUUGGCUCAAAUCAAAUGAAAUUUUGCAUACAGAUAGAACAUGAUGAGACGCAUGGGAAAAUACUUCUAAUUUUGUUGUGAAGGCAACACAAUCGUUCCCAGGCCCCUUACACUGAUUUUGAAUAACUAGUUGCAUUUAUCUAUGUGUAUGUCAUUUUCGAAUUAUUAUCAUGCAAGUAAACUUUUGGCAUGCAUAGGUAUGGUACACAUACUUCUGAUAUUAUUUUAACCUUAUCAGUACCACAAAUAAAACUGUUUUAUAAAAUUGGCGCAAGGGGCCUGGGACCGACAUUGUUACCUUGGCAACAAAAUUAGAAGCGUUUUUCAAUGCAUCUCAUGUACAAUCAAGUAUGCAAAAUUUAAUUUGGGCCCAUAAUAACUGAGCUAUGCUUCAGUUUACUAUUCAAUAAACAUACUUACCCAACUAAUAACGUCACAUGUUGUGCUGAAUCAGCAAUUUAUAGAUAAGAUAGAAUAGAGCAUUAAAUGGCUAACCGGCUUAUUUUUCAUGCUCUUUCAGAUGAAGCAAUAAAAAUUUUGGUUGCCAAUGUUUACAGUCAAAUCCGGUUCGCCUUUGACCUCAACAUUGCUAUAAUGAUAUACAAUUUUGCAAUUUUUAUUGACAUUUGUGUCGUGCAAUUUCCAACUGUCGAGGUAAAUUGCUAUUUGCUAAUUGCAAAUUUGCCGCAAUUUUCAUCUCACUCCAAGAGCAGACGGACAACAAGUCAACACAAUGUUUCAACUUUUAGUCCAUUGUUUAGGGGAUAGAUACGCGAGUGUUUUUCUUGAAAAACCUAUUAAAGAAUACAGAUUACUUGUCGAACGUAUUAUCGAGUAUUAAAUCUGCAAUACCUUGUUUUAAUAAAUUGCUAAUAAUGCACGACGACGAAAUUCGAAUUGCAUAUAAAGAUGUUCAUUCAGGAUGUUUCAUAAAUAUUCAUGCAAAUGUUGAUGAACAAUUUCACUUAACAGAUACUUUCAACAAUGUUGUUGCAGUUGGAGCAUACGAUAGAAUUACAGGUAAAAUAAGACGUGCAAACGGGGGCGUAACAAGGAUUGUUAUUGCGUAUGUUUUCUUUCCACCCUUGAACUUCGGACACAUCUGCUGUAAAAUUAAUUAAGUUGUUUGGGAAGGGCAGACGUACUUGUACUUGUAUAUCAUCAUUUUCCGUGAAAGCGGCAAUCGGUCUCACCUUGUUAUUUGCACUCGAAGAAGACGUACUAGGUUCCUUGAGAUCGUCGCGAAUUAACGAUUUCUUUCAAAUAGGUAACGGUGAAUCACUUCUACAAACUUUCAAAUUAAUUCUAUCGUAUGCUCCAACUGUAACAACAUUGUUGAAAGUAAUCUGUUAGGUGAAAUUGUUCAUCAACAUUUGCAUGAAUGUUUAUGAAACAUCCUGAAUGAACAUCUUUAUAUGCAAUUCGAAUUUCGUCAUCGUGCAAUUCGUUAAAACAAGGUAUUGCAGAUUUAAUACGUUCUACAAGUAAUCUGUGUUUUUUAGUAGGUUUUUCAAGAAAAACACUCGCGUAUCUAUCUCCUAAAUAAUUGACUAAAAGUUGAAACAUUGUGUUGACUUGUUGUCCGUCUUCUCUUGGAGUGAGAUGAAAAUUGCGGCAAAUUUGCAAUUAGCAAUUUACCUCGACAGUUGGAAAUUGCACGACACAAAUGUCAAUCAAAAUUGCAAAAUUGUAUAUCAUUAUAGCAAUGUUGAGGUCAAAGGCGAACCGGAUUUGACUGUAAGAAAAUUUUUAAAACAAGAAAUCAAAUUCUCAACAUAAGAAAUAAUGGUUAAUGAUAAAUUAUUUUUUCUUAAAUUUUCUCGAAGAACGAAAAUAAAUUUGUUAAAAUUUAAAUAUAACAUCUUUUGCAAUUUUUGCAUAUUUUUUCCAAAAUGAUAUAUUUUCCUCAAUACUGGUAUUCUUUUAACAAGAUGUCAAAUGUCAUCCUGGAUUUAGUUUCUAUAUGGGUUAGUAUAUUCACAUUACUAUAAUUGGCUUUUUUCAAAAGAGAUCACAGUGCAUAUUCUGGGGUCGUUUGGAGGGACAAAAUAUAUGGAGACAGGCAUCAAAUAUGUGAAAGAGUAGAAGUAUCUACUAUCAAAUAUCAACUUUUUACAUGACCAAAAAUGAAAUAUCUUUUUAUAUUAAACUUUAAUUUAAACGUGUGCUGCUAUAUUUCCUGUCCCUCCAACAAGGGAUUUGUGCAACUAGACCCACGACUUUGGGUAAUAGCUAAAUAAAUAUACAAAUUCUCUUCUAUCAUAUUUAUCUUUGUUAAUUAAUUUGUUAUUAAAGUAUGUUUGGGACAAAAAUAUUGUGUUUUAUUUAUAUUAAAAUGCUACAUUUGCCCCCUUUAGGAAAGGAGACCUUGUCCCACCCCCUUUCCAUCGUCCCUGGUACCAUAUAACUACAUUCUAAUUUAAUUUCUAAAGUUGAGUUCUUUCCAUGUUUUAUUGAAUCAUUGUAGAGAAUUUUCAUUUUCCGAGAAUUUAUUAUAAAUAAAUUAACAGUCAAUAACUGAUUGAAAACAUUUGUGAAUAUUGCUUAUAUUCGUAGAGCUAGAAACUAUAUUACAUGCCUUACCAACACAUCCUCAGUCGUAGAUUACCUAUAAUGGGUAAUUGUCACAGGCUCCUAGAUUACCUAUAUUGGGUAAGCUAGGUGCAUUCUACUAUGAUUCGAACCCAGGACCAAUAUUACGUACGACGUAUUCAUUCGAUGCAGAUUGCGCGGGUUUUUGGGUUUACGCGGGUUCACUGUGAUAUUGUGGUUCACUGGUUCACUCAUUCUCGAAACUUGGUGUUCUAUUCUGUCGUAUUUCUUUUCUUUUUUGGCCUUCGAAAGUGCUUGAAGUUACUAUAAACAAAGCUGAUGGUAUGAUUUAUUAAGUUAUAUAGAAAUAGUCCGCCUUCAAAGUGCAAAUGUUUAUAUUUGUACGACUGAAAUGACCAUUUGCAUAUACGCAAACAACAAUAUAAAUAUGAAUUAAAGAUUUAAAAUUUUUAAUUUUAUUGUUUGCAGGCUGGGCGCCCGAAACGAUGUGGCAAAUGCAACAACGACAAUGGUCCAGCAGCAAAGAGAUGCCGUAUCUGCAAAGAAACCAUAGCCGCCGACAUCGAUCACAACAAAGACAGCGAAGAAGAUGCCCGGAUAUUAAAUAUGGGUAAAACAAACCCAACAAAGCAAUUCAAUUUGCUAAAGAAACGGGUAAGAAGGAAAGUACAGCUUAGGUAA